UCCACUCACACUUAACCACAUUAUUUCAUUCUCUUCCUUACAAGAAAACCCUAGCCUCCAUGGAUGGAGCUUGAAGCCUUAGGCAUUGACCUUGAUCUUUGAGGCCCUUUCACUUACUUUAGACCAUAAAGUUUGGAAUAUUUUUUGUUCCCCUCAUCCUCCUCUUCAAAACCCUUGAAGGAUCUAGCCUAACUCCUAGUUUUGCUUUGGUAUCUAGAGAUUCAAUUCUCUAGCGAGUUGAAGGUAGCAAGCUGAAAAAUCUGUUUUGCGGACCAAAAAUUUGGUGCGAUUUCAUUUCGGUGGUAAUUGGGAUUUUCAUUCCAAUUGAGGUGAGAGAUGAACUUGAGCAUCUGUUAGAUGAUGACAAUGAUAUGGCUGAGAUGUAUUUGACAGAAAAACUUGAUGAUCAUUUAACAGAUGAAACACCAUUAAGAGAGGAAACAGACGGCGAAGCACUUGAAGAUGAUGAUGAAAGGGAUGAAGAAUCGAAGUCUGAAGACGGUUCUACAAUUUCCACGGGUUUUAAACCGAAUAUCGAGGAGCUGGAGAUGCUUUUAGAAGCAUAUUUUGCACAGAUAGAUGGAAUUUCACAAAAACUUUAUAAUAUGACCGAGUAUGUGGAUGACACGGAGGACUUUAUUAACAUCAUGCUGGAUGACAAGCAAAAUCAGCUGCUACAAAUGGGGGUGAUGCUCAGUACGGCAAAUAUGAUACUCAAUGCAGGUAUUGUGGUUGUGGGGCUCUUUGGAAUGAACAUCACUAUCGAACUCUUUGAUGCUAAACCUAUAAAGUUUUGGGAAACCACCUUUGGUACAGUAGGAGGUUGUGUGUGUUUAUAUUUGAUAGCAAUGGGCUGGGGUAAGAAAAAGAAUUUGUUGUAGGAAAACCUUGAGACUGGGAACCACAAGUCAUUUUACUUGAUUUCGGGGGUUGUUUUUUCUAUUCAUAAACUUGAGACUGGAGUUUCUGUUGAUUUGAGAAGAUCUCUACUUUUUGAGGACAAGAACAAAACUGUGAAUCACUUUCGAUUUGAAACUCAAUCUAAAUGAAAUUAUGUUCAUCAUCAAUGGAGUACAUCACUGCUUUCUUAAA